CACACCCUCCUUAUCCACAUUUCCCAAUUUCAUUACCCGGACCUUCCCUCAGCUCCAAGCAGAAGUAAAACAAUGGCGACCUCUUCACUGUCACUACCAUCAACUCUCACCCCUCAUUCAAAAUCCCCAAUUUACCCUCAUUGUUUCAAUCAAUCCCUAUCUCCACCCCUCCUCUCCUUCACUCGCACUCUCAAACCCUUCCCUGCAAAACCAAAAUCGGUCAUUCUUACCAACGGCAACUCGGUUACUUUAACCGUCAAAGCCCAAACCCUUGACUUCUCGGGCUCAUUUUUCGAAGGUGGUGGGUUCGGGUCAGAUGAUGAUCCGACAUCCGUGCCACCCGGGUCGGUUGGAACUGCGACCGCUGUUGAGGAGAAAGAGGAGCCCCAAUGCCCACCUGGGUUAAGACAGUAUGAGACGAUGGUGGUGUUGAGACCCGACAUGUCUGAAGAUGAAAGACUGGCUCUUACACAGAAGUACGAGGAGUUGCUUGUUGCUGGAGGCGGCAUGUAUGUCGAGGUAUUCAAUAGAGGGGUAAUUCCAUUAGCUUACAGCAUAAAGAAGAGAAACAAAGCUGGGGAGAGCAAUACUUACUUGGAUGGUAUCUACCUUCUCUUCACCUACUUCACUAAACCUGAGUCUAUGAAAGCUCUUGAGGUGACAUUGAACACUGAUGAUGAUGUUGUCCGAGCAUCCAGUUUUAAAGUUAGGAAGCAGAAGCGUUAGGUUAUUUUGGAUCCUGUGUAUAAGAAAAGAUUCAAUUCGGCAAUGUAAUCUUGUAUGUUAUGAAUCCUUUUUGUUCCCAGAGUAUUUGAAUUCCAUUUGUUUUCUCAAUUACAAAAUUGGAUCGGUGCUAAUAGAAUACAAAUAUUCGGUUUA